UUAACUCUUGACUUAUUUCGUAAUUUUUAUGGAUUCCUCUUCACGACUAGCUCGAGUAAUUACUCGACUUCAAAAUUUGCCUUCAAUAGCUCUACCAACAGACUAUCCAAGGCUAUCAGGCUCUAAUAAACUUAUCGAAGCUGCUCUGAAUGCAGAGCUUCCAGAACAAACCUCGAGCAGUCUCCUCAAACUCGCGCUCUUCAACGAGAACGAAGGAAUUAGUGAUGAUGAAUCGGUUGAUGAACCCGAACACAGACCUUCCCCGUUCCAUCUCCUUCUUGCAGCAUUUGUUGUUCUGCUACAUCGUUUCACCGGAGAUACGGACAUAGUUAUUGGCUCUUCAUCUGCAACGGAUAUCCACCCCCUCGUACUACGAUUAUCUAUCGAUCCCACCGAUCCGUUCUGGGCUAUUGUCAGAAGAGUUCAACAGGUGGAGAGAGAGGCGGAAGGAGACUCGGUUCCCUUUGCAGACCUCCGCAAUGCUUUGAAACUCGAAGGUCCUAUUUUCCGUGUUCGAUUUUUCGACGAGACGGAUUCAGAACGUCCUUUGGACGAUUUUAUCCGGUCCACAAAUCUCACGACCGACCUGACAGUAUUCGUUUCCCGUUCUGCAACCACUUCCGCGCGCUCGGCUAUAGCACCCCAUCUUAAUCUCAGAAUUCUUUACAAUUCUCUCUAUUUCCGUGAACAGAGGAUUUCCACCAUUGUUGACCAACUCUCCGUUCUGCUACGAAGAGUUUCACAGAACCCUUUAUCUCAAGUUGGUUCGGUCCCCAUCCUUACACCACGACAAAAACAAGCCAUUCCAGAUCCCAUAGCCGACCUUAACUGGUGUGACUGGAAGGGUGCUAUCACCGACGUUUUCUCAAGGAACGCGAAAGCAUUCCCCGAUCGACCUUGUAUCAUUCAAAGUCUUCCUGCGCAAUUCCUUUCCGACCCUCAAGAAAAACUCACAUAUACUUAUGGCGCCGUUCGACGUGCGGCAAAUGUCCUUGCCCACCAUCUUCUGAAAGGGGGAGUCCAGAGAGAGGAAGUUGUCAUGAUUUAUGCUCACAGGAGUGUUGAUCUCGCAGUUGCUGUGAUGGGCGUGUUGAAAGCGGGUGCAACCUUCUCUGUUAUUGACCCCGCGUACCCACCUACCCGACAAAUUAUAUACCUUCGCGUUGCUCUACCCCGUGGUCUUGUUAUUCUCAAGGGUGCAGGUACUUUACACCCCACCGUGCGUGAAUUCCUCAACACGGAACUCAAGGUCCGUGUUGAAGUACCAGCACUUCGUGUCCUUCCUUCGGGCGAAAUCUUUGGUGGACUUGCUGACCCGAAAGAUUCCGACGUACUAUCCUCACACGCCAACUUGGGCGAGACUGAUCCUAACGUCAUAUUAGGCCCAGACAGUAUUGGGACACUGUCAUUCACAAGUGGAAGUACCGGAAUACCCAAAGGCGUCAAAGGAAGGCACUACAGUCUCACUCACUUUUUCCCUUGGAUGGGAGAGACGUUCGGAUUAAGCGAGAAGAGUAAGUUCACGAUGUUAAGCGGGAUUGCUCAUGAUCCUAUUCAACGAGAUAUGUUUACGCCACUCUUUUUUGGAGCUUCACUUCAUGUCCCCACCGCGGACGAUAUCAAUACUCCAGGACGGCUUGCGCGUUGGAUGGCUGAUUCGGAGGUCACGGUUACGCAUUUGACUCCUGCCAUGGGUCAGCUCCUUGCUGCACAAGUAGCCAACGUCCCGGUCGUUUCGCCUUCUUCCGGAGUCUCUGCUCCUAGCCCUUCCGCUGCACAGAUACCUACACUCUCCUCGGCUUUUUUUGUUGGGGAUCUACUUACAAAACGUGAUUGCCUACGUCUUCAAUCUCUCGCACCCAAUGUGGCCAUAAUAAACAUGUAUGGUACAACCGAAACCCAACGUGCCGUCUCGUACUACCGUCUUCCCCCUCUCUCUUCCGACCCUUCAUUCCUCAAGAACCAGAAGGAAAUCAUUCCAGCUGGGAAGGGCAUGAUAGACGUCCAGCUGCUUGUGGUCAAUAGGACAGACCGGAAUGUAAUGUGUGCUGUUGGAGAAGUUGGAGAGAUUUACGUCAGGAGUGGCGGUCUGGCAGAGUGCUAUCUGGAUGACGCUUCUUCCAAAGAGAAAUUCGUGGAAAACUGGUUUGGUGGUAUUGCCAAUAUCAACAGCCUGAAUACAACAAAUCCUUCCGGUGGUAAUCCGCAAGGGUCGUUAUCCCGAACGACUUCUGGUACUUCGCUAUCACCCAACAACACCAAUAAUAUUGAUUUAAGUACACCUCCGCCUGCCAUACCUUCUCCAGCAACCGUUGGACAUAGUCGUUCGCUAUCAACACACGGUAAAAAGUCCUCGCAUCCGCUUUAUGCUGAUACGAUCCGCUUCCCACCUACUGGUUUGCCCCCUCCCGAAGCCCGAUACUGGAAAGGUAUUCGGGACCGUCUAUAUCGUUCUGGUGACUUGGGCCGUUAUCUGCCCGACGGUACUGUAGAAUGCACUGGUCGCGCAGAUGACCAAGUGAAGAUUCGGGGAUUCAGAAUCGAGCUGGGAGAGAUCGAUACCUACCUCGGCACACAUCCCGGGGUCAGAGAAAAUGUCACACUCGUUCGAAGAGAUAAGGACGAAGAGAAGGUGUUGGUAAGCUACUUUGUGCCUGCUCAAGGCGCGGAAGUAAGCGAGUUGGAAAGUGAGGAGGAGAGUAGUGCUGGUGGUGUCGUGGUGGGCAUUAGGAAGUACAGAAGGCUGAUCAAGGAGCUAAGGGAGUACCUAAAAAAGAAAUUGCCCAGUUAUAGCGUUCCGUCUCUGUUCGUUCCCCUCCCCCGUAUGCCCCUCAAUCCCAACGGUAAGAUCGACAAACCGGCCUUACCUUUCCCCGAUACUGCGCAACUUGCCGCCAUCGCUUCGAUUCCGAGCACUGCUACCAGGGGAUCUGUCACUUCUGGCGCCAAAUCUACUGUUCACCAUCGCCCUCCCACCGCGACUGAACACACGAUCCUUCAAAUCUUUUCCAGGAUCCUCCCAUCCAACCCGGUUCCCGAAACUAUUCCACUGGACGAAUCGUUCUUCGACAUGGGCGGUCACUCAAUCUUAGCUACGCGCCUGAUGUUUGAGAUCAGAAGGGUUUUCGUGGUCGAUGCCCCUCUGAGCCUCGUUUUUGGAUCUUCCAGAGAAGGAGGCGCGGAAGAGCCGAGUGCAGAGGGCCUGGCAAGGGCCGUGGAUCGUUUGAGGAAUGAUUACAAUACAUUCGGAAUCGAGACGGACGAUCCUGGUGAUAAGAAAGGAGAUGGCUUGCUGGUUCCUCCUUCUGGUGGACGUGGAAAGAAACAGAAAAACCAGAUUGUCGAGUAUGGUCAGGAUUACGAGAAUCUAGUGUCCAAAUUACGGGUUUCGUAUCCCUCUGCUCCGCUGCUUUCCGCAUCGUCCUCGACGGUAAUCCUUACAGGUGCAACAGGUUUCCUUGGAGCAUUCGUUUUGCACAACCUACUUUCUCAACAACGCGUGCGAAAAGUUAUCGCUUUGGUUCGAGGUAAGGAUCUCCCCACAGCAUUCACCAGAUUAAGGGAGGCAUCGAUGGAUAGAGGCGUAUGGGACGAGAAAUGGGUUGAGGAGAAAAGGCUAGAGAUUAUCGUUGGCGAUCUGGGAUCGGAGAGAUUCUGUCUGGGUGAGGAUGUCUGGAAGAGAAUCGGGGAAGAGGCGGAUGUUGUACUACACAACGGAGCUUUGGUUCAUUGGGUUUAUCCAUAUGAAAAACUACGUGCAUCUAAUGUCCUUGCAACACUGACUGCCGUAGAUCUCGCUGCCACCGGAAAUCCCAAGUCGCUUGUCUUUCUGUCUUCUACUUCUGCUAUUGACACAGAACAUUAUGUUCAACUGUCUGAUACCAUACGAGUGGACCAAAGAGGUCAGGGUGUACCCGAAGACGAUGACCUGGAGGGCGCAAGAGUGGGACUAAAGACUGGUUAUGGGCAAUCGAAGUGGGUUUCUGAGAAGCUCUUAUUCGAGGCAGGUAAAAGGGGUCUAAGAGGGCAUAUCAUACGGGCCGGAUACGUUGUUGGCGACACUCAAACGGCAGUGACCAACACAGAUGAUUUUAUUUGGCGUCUCGUCAAAGGCUGUGUCCAGCUAGGGCUAGUCCCCAACAUUAACAACACCAUUAACAUGGUUCCAGUUGACCAUGUCGCUCUCACGACCUCCCUUGCAGCCGUUUCCCCUCUUCCAGAUAAACACGAUUUCUCGUCAGCUCUUCAUAUCGCUGCACGUCCGUUACCCACGUUCAACUCGAUGUUAUCCACGUUGUCCAAGUACGGUUUCGCAACGACUCAGACGGAGUACCUGACCUGGCGGGGCAAGUUGGAGGAGCAUGUCAUGAAAGUCCAGGACAAUGCUUUAUACCCGCUUUUGCAUUUCGUACUCGAUGAUCUGCCAACGAGUACAAAGGCUCCGGACUUGGAUGAUAGGAACACAAGAGAGUUGUUGGAAAAGAGUGGCGUAGAUAAGGAACAAUUGAACGGGACGGUUGAUGACGCGUUGAUGGGGAGGUAUCUAUCAUGGCUUGUGAGAGCUGGGUUCCUACCGGAGCCGGAGAACAGAAAUUCGGAUAUGAGGUUACCAGAGAUGGAGGCGGGAAAGGUAAAGGCUGCUGGGAGGAGUGGGAUAUAAUUCACGUCAAAAGUAAUUCUCAGCUAGAGAUCUAGAGACCUAUAUCUCUGAAGUAGCAUUCAUGUACAUAAAAAUUGGAUUUUUCCUGCCUACUACAUUAUCAAACA